GCUGCUGUUGCUGCCUCCCCUUAGUGCGGGUCCUCGCCGAGCGUGCCGACGGCAGUGCAGCCUGCUGCCCCUUUGUCCCGUCCUCCGGCGCGCUGUCCCCAAGCGUCGGCUCUUCCGCACCGGGCGGCAUGGGCCGGGAGUCACGUCACUAUCGGAAGCGGUCAGCAUCACGCGGACGUUCUGGAAGCCGAUCUAGAAGUCGUUCUCCUUCAGACAAAAGAAGUAAGCGUGGAGAUGACAGGCGGUCUAGGAGCAGAGACAGAGACCGAAGGAGAGAGAGAUCUCGUAGCAGGGAUAAAAGACGAUCUCGGUCAAGAGACAGGAAGCGUCUGAGGCGUUCCAGGAGCAGAGAGAGAGAGAGAAGCCGAGAACGAAGGAGAUCUCGCAGUCGAGACAGGAGACGCUCAAGAAGCAGAAGUCGGGGCCGGCGAUCCAGAUCCUCGAGUCCUGGCAAUAAAAGCAAGAAAGCUGAAAAUAGAUCUCGGUCCAAAGAAAAAGCAGAGAGUGGAGAAAGUUCUAAAGAGAAGAAGAAAGACAAAGACGACAAGGAGGAUGAGAAAGAAAAAGAUGCUGGCAACUUUGACCAGAAUAAGCUGGAAGAAGAAAUGAGGAAGCGAAAAGAGCGUGUGGAAAAAUGGCGAGAGGAGCAACGUAAGAAAGCCAUGGAAAACAUAGGGGAACUGAAAAAGGAAAUUGAAGAGAUGAAGCAAGGGAAAAAGUGGAGCUUGGAAGAUGAUGAUGAUGAUGAAGAUGACCCUGCGGAGGCUGAAAAGGAGGGCACUGAGGUGGAGGACGAGGAGCUAGACCCACUGGAUGCGUAUAUGGAAGAAGUGAAAGAGGAAGUCAAAAAGUUUAACAUGAGAAGUGUGAAAGGUGGUGGGGGGAAUGAAAAGAAGUCUGGGCCAACUGUCACAAAAGUUGUCACGGUCGUGACUACCAAAAAAGCGGUUGUCGAUGCCGAUAAGAAGAAAGGCGAGCUCAUGGAGAAUGACCAGGACGCCAUGGAGUAUUCUUCAGAGGAAGAAGAAGUUGAUCUUCAGACAGCCCUUACAGGCUAUCAGACAAAACAGAGGAAGCUUCUAGAACCAGUAGACCAUGGAAAAAUUGAAUAUGAACCAUUUAGAAAAAACUUCUAUGUUGAAGUUCCAGAACUAGCAAAAAUGUCUCAAGAGGAAGUGAAUGUAUUUCGAUUGGAAAUGGAGGGCAUUACAGUCAAGGGGAAAGGCUGCCCCAAACCAAUUAAAUCUUGGGUUCAGUGUGGAAUUUCCAUGAAGAUCUUAAAUUCUCUCAAAAAACAUGGCUAUGAAAAGCCCACACCAAUCCAGACCCAAGCGAUUCCUGCCAUAAUGUCUGGACGAGACUUGAUUGGCAUCGCCAAGACAGGAAGUGGGAAGACCAUUGCUUUUCUGUUGCCCAUGUUCAGACACAUCAUGGAUCAGAGGUCGCUAGAAGAAGGAGAGGGACCGAUAGCUGUCAUCAUGACUCCAACUCGGGAGCUGGCUCUGCAGAUUACUAAAGAAUGUAAGAAGUUCUCGAAGACCUUGGGACUGAGAGUGGUCUGUGUGUAUGGAGGAACAGGAAUCAGCGAGCAGAUUGCUGAGCUGAAAAGAGGUGCUGAAAUUAUUGUUUGCACACCUGGUCGAAUGAUUGACAUGUUAGCAGCUAACAGUGGUCGGGUCACAAAUCUUCGAAGGGUGACGUAUGUUGUUUUAGAUGAAGCAGACAGAAUGUUUGACAUGGGUUUUGAACCACAGGUCAUGCGCAUUGUGGAUAAUGUCCGUCCUGAUCGACAGACGGUUAUGUUUUCAGCUACUUUCCCCAGAGCGAUGGAGGCUCUGGCUCGCAGAAUCCUGAGUAAACCCAUUGAAGUGCAGGUUGGAGGCAGGAGUGUGGUUUGCUCAGAUGUGGAACAACAAGUGAUUGUGAUUGAAGAAGAAAAGAAAUUCUUGAAGUUACUUGAGCUUCUAGGCCAUUAUCAAGAAUCCGGGUCUGUCAUCAUAUUUGUGGACAAGCAGGAGCAUGCUGACGGCCUUCUGAAAGAUUUAAUGAGAGCCUCUUAUCCUUGUAUGUCUCUUCAUGGAGGUAUAGAUCAGUAUGACCGAGAUAGCAUCAUAAAUGACUUCAAAAAUGGCACCUGCAAACUUCUUGUGGCCACCUCUGUUGCUGCCCGAGGUCUGGAUGUGAAACAUCUUAUUCUGGUAGUCAAUUACAGCUGCCCCAACCAUUAUGAAGAUUAUGUGCACAGAGCUGGACGAACUGGACGAGCAGGCAACAAAGGCUAUGCCUUCACUUUCAUCACAGAGGACCAAGCUCGCUAUGCUGGCGACAUAAUAAAAGCCCUCGAGUUGUCCGGGACGACAGUGCCUCCUGAUCUGGAGAAGCUCUGGAGUGAUUUCAAAGAUCAACAGAAAGCUGAGGGGAAAAUCAUUAAAAAGAGUAGUGGGUUCUCUGGUAAGGGAUUCAAGUUUGAUGAAACAGAACAAGCGUUGGCUAAUGAGAGGAAGAAAUUGCAAAAGGCAGCUCUUGGCCUGCAAGAUUCAGAUGAUGAGGAUGCUGCCGUUGAUAUUGAUGAGCAAAUUGAAAGCAUGUUUAAUUCAAAGAAGCGAGUGAAGGACAUGGCCGCCCCUGGAACAUCGAGUGUCCCUGCUCCCACCGCGGGAAAUGCUGAGAAGUUAGAAAUUGCUAAGAGAUUGGCUCUAAGAAUCAAUGUUCAGAAGAACUUGGGCAUCGAGUCUCAGGUAGAUGUGAUGCAGCAGGCCACCAAUGCAAUCCUCAGAGGUGGCACCAUUCUGGCUCCCACUGUGUCUGCUAAAACCAUUGCAGAGCAACUUGCUGAGAAGAUCAAUGCCAAGCUCAAUUAUGUGCCUUUAGAGAAACAAGAAGAGGAGAGACAGGAUGGUGGACAGAACGAAUCUUUUAAGAGAUACGAGGAAGAAUUGGAGAUCAAUGACUUCCCCCAGACUGCCAGGUGGAAGGUGACGUCGAAGGAAGCACUGCAGAGAAUCAGCGAAUAUUCCGAGGCUGCCAUCACAAUCAGAGGGACAUACUUCCCUCCCGGGAAGGAACCCAAGGAAGGGGAGCGGAAAAUUUACUUGGCAAUUGAAAGUGCCAAUGAGCUGGCUGUGCAGAAAGCAAAGGCAGAAAUCACCAGGCUCAUAAAAGAAGAGCUGAUCCGCCUGCAAAAUUCAUACCAACCAACAAAUAAAGGAAGAUACAAAGUCUUAUAAGUAUCUGGGGAAAAGGUUUUACCUGGAUUCAUCUGUGAUACAUGUGGCGGUUGUCUACAGUUUACAAUAUAGUGUAAAUUACGAUUUUUAAAAUUCUGUCUUGCUGGUUUUUUAAAUACAAGAAACUUAUUUGCUAAAGAAAUCUUCAUUUAAUAAGUACCCAGUUAUCUAACUAUAUUUAAAGCAGGCCUGUUUUCAGAGUGUGAAUUUCUUUAAUGUAAAACUUAAAUAUGAUGAAAUACAUUUUUUAAAUGGGUAAUAGUCCAAACAUUUUAAAAUAUUGAAAUAUUUGGGCUUUCCAUUGAUGUUAAUAAAGUACACAAGUCACCCAGGAGAAAAUGUGCUCAUCACCUGAGAAACGGCAACCCUUCAAACAGUCAUGUUGUGCCCUCCUCCUGACCUGAAGGCUUACUUGACUCAGAGGAGCAGUAUGAACUGGAUUUGUCCUGGUAGGAUCUGUACAAAAUGGGAUUUGGAGAUUUUGUUUUAGUUUUUGUCAUAAAUUUGUCAGGAGUAAGUCUACUUUUGGUUUUUAUAAACUUAAAGAUUUAUAGUAUGAGUUUUUUGCAUUUCUUUACUUGACAAAGAGUUUCAGUAGUUACUAGUCUUAGUAGGUGCCCCCCUGAAACUUCUGACUCUGUGCUUACCUUUUAAAAUCUUCCUUACAAGAAAGUGAUUUAUAGCCUAAAAGUAAUAAAUACGAGUCCUUUUUACCCGGAAAAUACAUAUGUAUGUAUGGCGUGUACAAAGACUGUAUAACUUUUCGUAAGAUUUUUCUUUAGGUUUAUUCAGUAGGCUAUGAAGUCUCAUGCUUCCCAAGUUUUGGACUGAGAUUUUAGCUUUCAUCAGUGAAAUGUAGUUCAUCAGGAAUCAUAAAGGGUAAUUGAGCCAGUCACUAUAUUUCCCAAGUACUCUAUUUUAAGUUGUUGUAAUCGGAUCAGCUGAUAUUUCUUUGAAGAGUCAUAGUGUGUCAGGACUUCGUAUUAUCACUUCCUGAAGUAGAGAUUUCCCAGGAAGUAUAUGUAGAGUGUAUUUCUUAAAUUAAGAGACAUAAAAGAUUUUUUUUUAUAUUGCCUUCGAGUUUUUAAAAAAGAGAAAAUCAAAGCAUAUUAUAGCUGUUACAAUUAAUCAUUUUCUUAAUAGUUAAUUCAGUGUAGUAAGUGGCAGGCAAUGUCCAUCAUUAUUUCUUCAAUUUAAAGUGAUCCUUUAAAGAGCUAACACAUAUGAAUAUUAUUUUUGGAUUUUUUUUCACACAACUCAUGCAUUCAUUUUUGGUCAGAAAACAGAUAAAACCUGUAACAACAGAACCAAAUAAACUAUUUACUCUAAAAUUCCAAGCAUCCUGAGCUGCUUUAUUUCCCCUAGUUUAUUUAUAUCCUUAUUUUCUUCACCUUGAAGUAGUAGCGGUCCCCCAUCGAUGACACUUGGUGCUUCCUUCAACCCACUGGGUCCCUUAGAUUCAGAACUUUGCAUCAUUUCAGCUUUACCUUUAUGCUGUGUAUCUUGUGAUGAGCCACCGACAGUGUUGCGUUAUAACACAUUCUGUGUGGGAGCACAGUGUUUUCUUGUCACACUGAUUCUUUUUAAACAUUUGGAUGAUGUAUAGGCUUUAAUUUGUUUUUUAAUGCAAAAUUAAUAUUUGCUUAUGUUUUCUACAUUCCUUAUAAAUAAAGUAAUUCAGUCCUCA